CGUCGGAGGGCGCCGGGGGGGUGCGUGCGCGCGUGUCGGUCAGGGGCCGGCGGCUGCUGGUACGACAGACGGUGUGCUAUGACAGUGCUGUAGAUGAGUGCGGUGAAUAUGGAGUUUCGAACGGAACCAUUGGAGGAUUUCUAUGACAUUUUCGAGGAGCUUGGCAGCGGCCAGUUCGCGGUGGUGCGCCGCUGCCGGGAGAAGACCACGGCCACCGAGUACGCCGCCAAGUUCAUCCGUAAGCGGCGCGUGGCGUCAUCGCGGCGCGGCCAGCCCAUGGCCGACAUCCAGCAGGAGGUCAACCUGCUCAUGCAGAUGGCGCAUCCCAACGUCAUCAGCCUGCACGACGUGUUCGACAACGACGUCUACGUCAUCCUGGUGCUGGAGCUGGUGCGCGGCGGGGAGCUGUUCGAGUACGUCACCGAGCGCGAGAGGCUGACGGAGGCCGAAGCGUCUUUCUUCAUCAAGCAGAUCCUGCAUGGCCUAGAGCACAUGCACUCCAAGCUGAUCGCUCACCUGGACCUGAAGCCGGAGAACGUGAUGCUUUUGACCAGGAACCACACGCAGAUUAAGCUGAUCGACUUCGGCCUGAGUCGGCGGAUGGAGCCAGGCGACGAACAGCGACACAUGCUCGGCACGCCAGAGUUCGUAUCGCCCGAGAUCGUCAACUAUGAGCCGCUCUGCCUGGGCUGUGACAUGUGGGCUGUCGGUGUCAUCACAUAUAUCCUGCUAUCUGGUGCCUCUCCGUUCCUGGGAGAUACCCAGCAGGAGACGUUCGCCAACAUUGUGGCCUGUGAUUAUUACUUCGACGAGGAGUACUUCAGUGGCACCUCCGAGUCAGCCAAGGACUUCAUCUCGCGUCUCUUUGUCCGAGAUCCCAGAGGCAGAGCUGACGUCCGCGAGUGUCUGCGCCAUCCCUGGAUAGAGCCCCGCGGGAAGGAGGAGAAGCAGGAGCAGAACGACAAGGAAGUGAACAUCGACAACCUGAAGACGUACCAGGCUCGGCGACGCUGGAAGCACUCGCUGCGGGUGGUGUCGCUGUGCAACCGGCUGUCUCGGAGCGCCAAGCUGCGCAGCCGGAGCCAGAGUAUGGAGAUGCUGGACGAGCGGGAGGAGCAGC